UACAGCAUGAAGUUUGUGUGUCUAGCAGCUGGUGUGACCUUGCUCGCCCUGGCAGUGGCACACAAUACCCACCAGGGAAUGAACCCCGGGGAUAAUGCUCGAACUAGAAGGGAGGACAGUCGCAUCUUCUUCCCUGGACAGCCCAUCACCAAGCCUGUAACUCAGCCUGUAUCCCAGCCUGAACCCCGGCCCAAGCCUGACCACCGUGGUGUAGUAGCACUGCCUAAAGAUUUGGAUCUGCUGGACACAGAGAAUCUGUCUCGUCUUAACUCCAUCUCCAACAUCUCCGAGUUCGUGGGGAUGUUCGACCUGCCACUGCCAGCAGAGGACGCCGUCGCCACCAGAUUCGGAGGUGUAUCGGAUACCCAAGAGUUGGCGAGCAUGGCUAACUGUAAGCCUGAGUUGAAGACUGUUGCACUGGACCUGCCCGCGGAGGCCAAUACUAUGUUCUUCCCCACAUGUGUCAGACUGGAGCAGUGUGGUGGCUGCUGCUAUGGUCCUCUCCUGACCUGUAUUCCCAGUGUCACCAAGGUCGUCAAGUUGAAGGUGAGUCACACACACACACACACACCUAGCAAUUUUGAAGUUCUUGGAUACUUGCACGAUGGUUUAUUGUUAUCUGACGUUCCAAUAUUUCAAGCAGUCACUGAUGAAGCUUUGUUAAAUGUUUUCCUUGUCUUCCCCAGUGAAGAAAAGAACAAUUGUGAGGCACAAAACUUGACUAAAUACUGGGACAACGACUCUUGCAACUGCUACUGCCGUAGACCCGAGGAAUGCAGCAGUGGCCAGUACUUCUCUCAGAUCUCGUGCAGAUGCGAGACGAUUGCGUCGAGAAUCGGCAAAUAGGCUCCGACAGACAGUUAAUUAAGGCCUCUCUGCGUAGACCGGUGACAUAACUGCAAGUCCUUGUAUCUUGGAUUACCACUGUGUUUCACGCAUGGCUUCACUGUAAUGAGGUGGUCGUUGUUAUGCCAUUAUACACUCGCUUGUUUUAUGUUCACAUUGACUGUUCGUUACAAAAUUCAGUAACUAGACACUGUGUUUAGUACCAGACGUUUAUUUCAAUCAGUUUUACACUGAACUGUAUCAACUUUCACAGUCGCCGAAAACUGUGCAUUCAUGACACUAAACAGUAUCAAUGUUGUAUGAAAGGGAUUGACAAAAGCUUAUCACAUCAACUGAGGAACCGUCAUUUAUGCUAAAUUAUUUUAAUAAAUACAAAUAUGUUAUCCGUCACAUAUAUUGAUGACUUAAGUACGAACAAGACAGCCUUAUGCCUAAGGUCGUAUAAUUCACUUCAUUGUUCAUAAUUUUCUGUUUCAUAAAGUAAAUAAAUUUGAAAAUUUAAAUGUGUCUACUGCAGCAGAAACACUGCAGUAGGCCUACUGGCCCAUACCAGGCACGUUCUUAUCAAAUUCAAACUAACAAAAAUAUUGAGUCCCUCUAGCAAAAAUAUUCCGAACUCCCUAACAAAAAUAUUGACAAAAAUAUUUGAAAACAGUAACAGUUUGAUAAAGUAUGUGAAAGUGUGUUUGAGAACAGCAGACAGACGUCAAAAAGUGUUGACAUGUUAAGUGAGAACAGUAGUAUAGGUGUUAAUAAAUAUUUACAUGACGAGUGAGAGCAGCAACACAGACGUCACUAGUGUUUACGUACUGGAGAGUAACAUCGUUGUUUUUAUACUGUUAUAUUGCAAGGAUCAAUAAAACCUAAUUAACCUUUA